CACGAGGCAAGAUACUGUGUUUGGAAUGUGAAUUCAUAUCACUCAGCUAGAGGAAUUGAGAUAAUUAUUACUAAAUAAUAAUCAUCCACACGGCGUUACACAACGAAUAUUUGUAGAGAAAGAGUUUCUUGAGAGUAGACUAAAGAAAGAAUAAAUUGAAAUUUGAUAGAAAGUAAGACAUGUCUGGAAAGGCAAGAGGUCGGGCCAGAGGCCGAGCCCGAGGUGGUACAGACCAGGCAACUUCAAGAAGACCUGGAGAACAGGGUUCAGAGCCACAACCAGUACAGCCACCCCCUCCUGCUGGGGCUGGGGGACCACCACCUGCUAGUGGUCGUGCAUCUUACAGGGGAGGUGCAAGGGAGCCCCGUCCUGGAAUGGCUGGUGACAUUCCUAAAGUACCUGCAGAGCAAAUGGCUAGUAUGUCAUUAGGAACUGGAGAUGCCAGUCAAGUACCCAGAAAGAGGUCAGAAUUCCGUUUUCAAGAUCCAAGAACUAGACCAGCACAUAUUACAGACAAAAAAGGUACUGCUGGUCGACCUAUUCAACUUCUGGCCAACUUUUUCCAACUUCAGAUGACACCAAAGUUUGUAGCUUUGUAUCAAUAUCAAGUUGAUUUUAACCCAACUAUUGACAGUCGUAAAUUAAAGGCUGCAUUACUGUUUACACAUGAAGAACUUUUAGGCACAGUUAAAGCAUUUGAUGGUGGAAUUCUAUAUCUACCCAGAAAAUUACAAGAAAAGGUGACAACAGUAUACAGUAAGAGAAAUUUUGAUGAUACAAAGAUACAGAUUACUAUCACGUUAACUAAUGAAUUACCUCCAUCUAGUCCACAAUUUCUACAGGUUGUUAAUAUCAUAUUCAGGAGACUCCUAUCUGCCAUUGAGAUGAAAGAAAUUGGACGUCAUUACUUUAAUCCUAAGUUAGCAGUAGACAUUCCACAACACAAAUUGAGUGUGAUGCCAGGUUUUGCUACCAGUAUCUUACAGUAUGAAAAUGAAAUAUUGUUAGGAGCUGACAUUGCACAUAAAAUUCUGAGAACAGAUUCCGUCCUAGAUAUUAUGUAUAGUAUAUAUGAUGAUCAAAGAGGACAGGGAAGUUUUUAUGACCGAGCCUUUAAAGCUUUAGUAGGUUCCAUUGUACUCACCAGAUACAACAACAAAACUUACAGAGUUGAUGACAUUGAUUGGGAAAAACGUCCUAGUCACAAAUUCAAACUACACAAUGGUGACGAGAUCUCGUAUGUAGACUAUUAUAAAAAGAAUUAUGAGAAGACCGUCACCGAUAUGGAACAACCAUUACUUGUAUCUAAACCUAAAAAGAAAGAUAUCCGUAGAGGACAGACAGAAAAUAUCUAUCUACUUCCUGAGUUAUGUACAUUAACAGGCUUGUCAGAUGAUGUGAGAGCAGAUUUUCAGGUGAUGAAAGAUGUAGCUACACAUACACGUAUUGCUCCUGAAGGUCGAUGUAAAAGACUCAUUGAUUUUAUCAAUAUCAUGAACAGGAAUCCGAAAGUUCAAUCAGAAAUGACUGGCUGGGGAUUAAAAUUUGCGCCUGAAUUACUCAACCUUACUGGACGAGUUUUACCUCAGGAAAAGAUUAAACAGUUAGAUGCUGAAUUGCAAUAUCGUCAAGAAGAAUGUGAUUGGUCAAGGGAUAUGAGAGGCAAGAAAUUACUCUGUGCUGUUAAUUUGAACAAUUGGGUUGCGAUGUCCACAAAGAGAGACAGUGGUGCUGCUUAUGACUUGGUGCAGACAUUAAAUCGUGUUGGUGGUCCAAUGGGAAUGAGAAUUGAUCAACCCACAAUGUGUGAGUUACAGAAUGAUCGUAAUGAGACUUACCUGGCCACACUUAAACAGAAUUUAACACCAAAUACUCAGAUGGUUUUAGUUGUUGUACCUAAUAACAAGAAAGAUCGCUAUGAUGCCAUUAAAAAAUUUACAUGUGUUGAACAUGCAGUACCAUCUCAAGUAGUAGUAGCAAGAACUCUGUCUAAAAAACAGAUGUUGAUGUCAGUAGCUACUAAAAUAGCCAUUCAGAUCAACUGUAAAUUAGGUGGUGAAGUUUGGGCUGUUGAAGUUCCACUGACGAAAGUGAUGGUGAUUGGAAUUGACACUUAUCAUGAUUCUUCAUCAAAAGGAAAAUCUGUUGGUGGUGUAAUUGCCAGUUUAAACAACAAUUUAACUCGAUUCUACUCGACAGUGACACAUCAAACUGAACAUCAAGAAUUAAUUGAUGGCCUGGUCUGCAGUAUGAAUGGUGCCUUGCGUAAAUAUCAUGAAGUUAAUGGUCAGUUACCUGAAAAGAUUAUUGUGUAUAGAGAUGGUGUUGGUGAUGGUCAGCUUCCUGUUGUGUUCGGACAUGAAGUUCCCCAGAUAUUAGAGGCAUUGAAGAAAGGGGGUGGUACCAAUUAUAGUCCCAAGUUGGCUGUGAUUGUUGUCAAAAAGAGAAUUAAUGCUCGAUUCUUCUCUAAGGGUGGACAAGGUCUGAGUAAUCCCACGCCAGGAACUUGUAUAGAUAGUGAAGUUACUAAACCAGAAUGGUAUGAUUUCUUCUUGGUAUCCCAAUCUGUUCGACAAGGAACCGUAACUCCAACACAUUAUAAUGUAAUCUGGGACCAAACUGGAUUAAAACCAGACCAUAUGCAAAGAUUGAGUUACAAAUUGACACAUCUUUAUUAUAAUUGGCCGGGAACUAUUCGUGUACCAGCACCAUGUCAGUAUGCUCAUAAAUUAGCUUUCUUAGUUGGACAAUCACUUCAUAAAGAUCCAUCUUUAGAUUUAGCUGAUAAGCUGUUCUUUUUGUAAUGGGUGUACAAAGUGACAACGCAUGUAUGGAAGUGCCUGUUAUUACAUACAGUAGAAACAUGAAUUUUGUUACGUUUACAACUGUUGAAUUAUUUUAAGUUGAUUGUUAUUGGAAAUAAAUCCGAGAUGGAUUACCAAAGUGUUCUUAAAAGUGUAAUUGUUUGUUAAGAAAUAAAUGUUUUAAUGAUAGAGUUUCAUAUGUUGAAACUUAAUUGUGUUCAUGAAUGAAGCUAGACAAUUUUAAAAUCUCAAUAUAAUGAUGCCUUUGUAUAACUAUUUCAAGUUUUUACUGUGUAAUGCCUAUAUUUUUGCAGAUGUUCAAUUGGUGUAUCUGAACAUAACAUGUAGUUACCUUUGUCUUGGUUUUUAUUUUUCUAUAUUUUAUAAUUUGAUUACCCAUCAAGCAAUAUCAUACCAACACUCUGAAUUUUUCUUACUAGUAGUCAUUUAAAUUAAUUGUUUCAUUUGACUAAAACGAAUCUGAUAACUCCAAUUGACAUUCCAAUAUUUUUGUGACUUUGUACAGAAAAAAAUCAUGUUGGUCAGAAAAAAAGAUGUUGUUAUUCCAUAUAAACUGUUAUCUUAAAUUUUCUGUCAGUAAAGAUUUUAUAACAUUCACCAUUAUUUUUCAUACCUAAAUAAAAAUUGUUUGAUGUUAGUCUUAAAAAGAUUGACAAGAUGUUAGCAUUGUAGAAUUUGUGCAGUUAAUAUUGUCUUCAAUUAGAAGAUUUAACAUAGAUAUGUCUGUAUUAAAUUAUUUGGAGAGGUAAAGAUAAUUUUCGUAUGUCACAUAUUGAACAAUUUUUGUUGUACUUUUGAAUUAUUUUAUCAAUGUUGGCUAUAGUAUUUUUUUCAUAAAUGGCAACUAAAUGAGGUACAAAAAUCAUGUACUGAUAAUAAAAUUUUAUUUAUA